GCAGACUCGCACCGGGAUCAUUUCACCGCGUCUCCACCGUUCAUCCUCCGUUUCUUUCCUUCAUCUUCAUCGUCAUCAUCGUCAUGGCCCCUAAAAAGAAGGAAGAGCCGAAACCCGUUGCUGCCCCCAAACCCCCGGAGCCCGAACCUCCCAAGGAGCCCGAGUUUAACCCGGCUGAAGUGCAGCUGGAGUUCACUCCUGAGCAGAUUGAGGAUUUCAAAGAUGCGUUCCAGCUUUUUGACCGAACGCCAAACAACGAGAUGAAGAUCACCUUCGCCCAGUGCGGAGAUGUCAUCAGAGCCCUGGGCCAAAACCCCACCAACGCUGAGGUCAUGUACGUGCUCGGAAAGCCCAAAGCUGAAGAAAUGAAUGUGAAGAUGCUAGACUUCGACCAGUUCCUGCCCAUGCACCAGCACAUCUGCAAGGCCAAAGGUCGCGGCACAUUUGAGGACUUCGUUGAGGGACUGAGAGUCUUCGAUAAGGAAGGAAACGGCACGGUGAUGGGCGCUGAGCUCCGACACGUCCUCGCCACGCUGGGUGAGAAGAUGAAGGAGGCUGAGGUGGAGCAGCUGAUGGCCGGUCAGGAAGACGCGAACGGCUGCAUCAACUACGAGGCAUUCAUAAAGUACAUCAUGGCUGGCUAAGCAGAUUCAGGAUUGCUGGACGAGGAUGCAAAUUUAUCUUCCUUUCCUUUCCUUUCUUUCUUUUCUUUUUUUAUUAUAAAACUCUUCACACCAUCUCUCCUCAUCCUGUCUUCCUCUUUCUCUUCCUCUUCCUCUCCAUCGACUCUCAUCACUUCCUGUUCUGAAGAUGUUGUACGUCACAUCGCUGUUCGUUUUGUGGAUCAAAGAAAAAUGAUUAAAAUAAAACUUUAUGCUUGAUUAA